UCAAAGAUGACUCAAAUCAUACAAUAGGAGUGGAAUUUGGUUCAAAGAUAAUAAACGUUGGUGGUAAAUAUGUCAAGUUACAGAUAUGGGACACAGCCGGCCAAGAACGAUUCAGGUCUGUGACGAGGAGUUACUACAGAGGUGCGGCGGGGGCCCUCCUCGUCUAUGACAUCACCAGAUGCCAGAAUGCUAGCGAGUCAGAACAUCGUGAUCAUCCUCUGUGGGAACAAGAAGGACCUGGACGCCGAUCGGGAAGUCACUUUCUUGGAAGCCUCCAGGUUUGCUCAAGAGAACGAGCUGAUGUUUUUGGAAACAAGUGCCCUCACAGGGGAGAAUGUAGAAGAGGCCUUUGUACAAUGUGCCAGGAAAAUACUUAACAAAAUUGAAUCAGGUGAGCUGGACCCAGAACGAAUGGGCUCAGGUAUCCAGUACGGAGAUGCGGCCUUGAGGCAGCUUCGGUCCCCGCGCCGCGCACAGGCCCCGAGCGCUCAGGAGUGCGGCUGUUGAAGCAGCGCAGGAGCGCCAGGCGUUCAGACAGCGGUAUUUGGGACACAAUUGUUGGAGCUUGAAGAUGAAGUUUUUUACCACCAUCUUUUUCUACUUUAUACAGAAGUAGAUCUUUGUGCGAAAAAAAUCAUUUGGGGUGUUAUGCAAGCUAGUAGAUGUGGUACAGCAAACCGUAUAAUAAAUCCAGGUCACUGGACAAGACCAUGAAGUGUGUACAUGUAUGUAAAAAUGUUCUGUUCUGUAUUCUCCCCUCCACCUUUGGUUUGACUCCUGGCUCUGUACUGUAUAUAUGCUAGUCCAGUAUGUCUCCACAGCAUGGUUUCUGAUGUAUGAUAUGAUAAAAGUUGCAUUGAUGCAGUCUAAUAUUUUAUUUUUUUUAAUCAUAUGAACUAAAAUCUGUUAACUGUGAGGUGUGCUUUGAUCAUCAAGUCGAUUAUAUUGCACAGUUGGUUCUAUUUGUAACCUGAUACUCAGAAACUGGCAACUGGUAGCCAGUGCAGUGCUUAGUUAAUUCCGUUGACCACAGUCCACAAGGCGUUUACGUGAGCUACACUUGAAAUAUUAGAUUGGUAGUUACUCACAGGCUGAAAUAAAAUGAAGCAUGGAGUUUUCCCAUGAGCCUUACAUUCUCCUGAGUUUAAGGCAUCUUCAUCCAUAUCAGGUCAGGAAGUCCAGCUGGGUACCUGCUCUGUCUUAGGCGCCAUGAUCAGCAGCGAGGACUCGGUACCUUUAACCAAGCUUACGAGGCAGCCGCCGCUACUCUCAGUGGCUGGUAAAUGCAGUAGAUAAACCACGCCACUGGGAGCUGCUGGCCUGUUCCCGGCUUGCUGAGCUGUAUGGGCUCCCUGUCGGAAAACACGUUGUUGGCCACUGUGCUUUUCCUGGGAUCCAGUAUUAGAGCAUCACUGCCUCUUUUUCAGUCUUUCAUCGUUUUGUGUUCAUUUUAAGGAAACCCACUAAGUCAAGUUAAUAUCAAAGGGAUACCACUGAGGAAUUCUGUAUAGCUGUUGCUGAGUACUUAAAUGCCUUACUACAGUUACCAAGUCGACCUGUUUUUAAUUCACGUGAGGUAUAUUGAAGUCUAAUAUAUAUUGUAUUACAAAGACUUGUUCUAAUGUUUUAAAAUGUUAAUGCAAAAAAUAUGUAAUAGCACUUUUCUUUAAAGUUAAAAUACAGUACUAUUUAAAGCUGAAAGGUUAAAAGCAUUCUUCACCUUUUAUAUGUUCUUCCACUGUGACUCCUUAACUGCAUAAAUUCCAUUACCUUUUCAUUAGAAGCUGCCUGUUGCUUUAAUUUGUUAUUUUAAUCAACAGAGCACAGCGGCACGUAGACUCCAGGAAGUGACUUGGAUAAAAGCAUCAGAAUGUUGUCCUGUUAGGUAUUUUAAUUUUGCUUUUCUUCUGUCUUGAGUAUUGGAUUUGGAGAAGUUAGAAUAUGAAGCGGGUUCUCAGACCGAACUACUUUUUGGACCUCACUGGGAGAACGUUUCAUUCAGUGUCUCAUUGACAGUAGGUCUGCAAGCCGCUCAGUUUCGAACAGCUUUUUGCACGGGUUAGGAGCAUGCCCACUCGACCAUAUCAGUUUAUUCAAAAGCAAACAAGUUUUAAAUAAGAUAAAUGUUAAGUUGGUUUAUAAACGAGCCUGUUAAUGAAACCACGGGUACUGCAUAUAAUUCCAUACCCCUUGACCAAUAAAAGUUGCUAGAGAACCAAA